GACCACAGACUGUGGGAGGACACAAAGUCAUAGGCUGAGAUAGAAGGAUGGAGCACUAGAGUGGUGAAAGAUAAUAACUGAUAGUAAAUGAGAGUGAGUAAGACAGAGGAAGCACAAAAAAAGGAGGGAUCAGAGGUGUGACACACUGUCCGGCCCUACGGCCUGGCCUUGGUACAGACAGUUCCCCUCCCUGACAUCUGAGAUAAAGGACUUUUUUUGGUUUUCACUAGUUUUUUUUAAUUAAGUUGGUCAAAUGCAACGCUGUGGACAUGUACACCUCUGGCUGCUGGGGUUAGUGUCACUCAUCUUCCUCAUCUCAGGGGUCACAAAGGUGAACGGGGAUGUGGCACAUCAAGAAUCCCAUCCGAAGCCGCAAUCUGAGUUAAAAUCAAAUCAGACUGAACACGUCCAUGGAUCCAGCGUCAUCACAGGAAUACCCGUUGUGACUUUUAAAUGGCACCAUGUGGAGACUCCCUAUCUUAUUGCGUUAUGGAUAUUGGUGGCUGGUUUGGGAAAACUGGUGAUCGAGGCCAACCACCAUGUGACCAGCGUGAUCCCAGAGAGUGCCCUACUCAUCUGCUUCGGCUUCAUCCUGGGGGGGAUCAUUUGGGGUGCAGACGGGGUGCAGACCUUCACGCUGACCCCGACCGUCUUCUUCUUCUACCUGCUGCCUCAAAUCAUCCUGGACGCGGGCUACUCCAUGCCAAACAAGCUGUUCUUCAGCAACAUGGGGGCCAUCCUGAUCUACGCCGUCAUCGGGACCUGUUGGAACGCUGCCAGCUUGGGGCUGUCGUUGUGGGGGUGUCACAUGGGAGGAGCCAUGGGUGACCUGGACAUCGGCCUGCUGCAGUACCUGCUCUUCGGCAGUCUGAUCGCGGCCGUGGACCCUGUGGCCGUCAUCGCAGUGUUUGAGCAAGUCCACGUCAACGAGGUGCUCUUCAUCUUGGUGUUCGGAGAGUCGCUGCUCAACGACGGCGUGACCGUGGUGCUCUUUAAUGUCUUUGAUGCGUUUGUGUCGCUGGGAGGAUCACAAAUUGAUGCAGUGGAGAUCAUUAAAGGGAUAAUUUCCUUCUUCGUGGUGGCGUUUGGAGGUUCCCUGGUUGGCUUUGUGUUUGGCCUGCUGAUCUCUUUCCUGACCAGAGGCACCAAAAACAUCCAGAUCAUCGAGCCAGGCUUUGUCUUCGUGUUGGGAUACCUCUCCUACUUGACCGCGGAGAUGCUGUCCCUUUCGGCCAUCCUUUCGAUCGUCUUCUGUGGCAUGUGCUGCCAGAAGUACAUCAAUUCGAACAUGGACGAGCGCUCCGUGACCACAGUCAGAUAUGUGAUGAAGGUGUUAGCCAACGGAUCAGAAACCAUCAUCUUUGUGUUCCUCGGCAUCUCGGCCAUUGAUAAGACAAUCUGGGUGUGGAACACAGGCUUCAUCCUGCUCACGCUCCUCUUCAUCUUCAUAUACAGAUUCAUCGGUGUCUUUUUCCUCACCUGGAUACUGAACAAGUACAGGCUGGUCCGAGUGGAGUUCAUAGAUCAGCUGAUUAUGAGCUAUGGUGGCCUGCGAGGUGCUGUCGCAUACGGCCUGGCUACGAUGCUGGAUGAGAACAAGAUAAAAGAGAAGAAUCUGAUGGUCUGCACUUCUCUCAUCGUAGUGUACUUCACUGUCAUUCUUCAGGGAAUAACAAUGAAGCCUCUGGUCAACUGGCUUAAAGUAAAGAGAGCUGCAGUGACGGACAUCACACUCAUAGAAAAACUCCAAAACAAGGUGUUCGAUCACAUGCUUGUAGCAAUAGAAGAUGUCUCUGGACAAAUAGGACAUAACUACAUGAGGGACAAGUGGAAUCACUUUGAGGAAAAGUGGAUGUCGCGGAUUUUGAUGAAGCCGUCGGCGAGGAAGAGCCGUGACUAUGUCUUCAACGUCUUCCAUAAGCUGAACCUCAAGGACGCUAUGAGCUACGUGGCUGAGGGUGAACGUCGAGGCUCUCUGGAGUUUAUCCGCAAUGAAACUGCGAUCAUCAACUUCAACAAGAAGUUUGGUGAUGACUGCUCAGAUGUCAUGCCUGACAUCAUGGCGGACACAUCAGACGAUCAGGGUGGAAUGUCCUCUAUGAGAGGAGACCCUGUGCCAUCAAUAAGCCUGGAAAUGCACGAGCAGACCAUGAACGGUAUGAGGGAGUCAGAGGACAUUAACACACACCACCUGCUCCAGCAGCAUCUGUACAAGGGCAGGAAACAGCACCGCCACAGAUACAGCCGGAGUCACUUUGACACCAACAAAGAUGAGAAUGAGGUGCAGGAAAUCUUCCAGAGGACCAUGAGGAGCCGUUUGGAGUCCUUUAAGUCUACAAAGAUGGGCGUCGCUCCACCAAAGGCAAUAACCAAGCACCCAAAGAAAGACCAUCAGCAGAAGAUGCCAAAUGGAAAAUCGAUGGACAAAAGUAAAACCAACUAUUCUGGCGAUGAAGAUUUUGAGUUCUCGGAGGGAGACAACGCCUCUGGCUACGAAGCUUCAGGCCAUUCAUUCCCAAUGAGGCUGACCUACAGAGCAGGAGCUGGAAUAGAGAACCCUGCCUUCAUGCCGGACCUGGACCCCAUGGCCCCGGUGCAGAUCCCGCCGUGGCGUGCGGAGGCGGAGCGGGACAGCAGCAUGGUGGCCCCCUCGCAACGGGCCCAGGUCAGGCUGCCGCGGAGACCCAGUGACCUGUGCCGUCUGGCCCCUCUAAGCAUCAACACCCGCUCCGACAACUCCUUCCUGGAGGCAGACGUUCCUCUUACGCCUCCACCCCCACCCACGCCCACCCCACCACCAAACUAUUUUGAUGGCUCCAUAUAGCCGCCUCCUCCCCCCCUGGCUGCGAGAGAUUCAGAACCUGACCUCAGACUUUACACCGUCUACUCUCAAAAUAUUGAACAGGGAAUGUUUUCUUUUCCGGGAAGUUGCUUAAUCUCACUCCUGAGGGUGCAGACGAAACAUUCACAGUCACACAACCUUUGGACCCCCCUCUUCAGCUCCUCUUGUCGCUCUAACUUCACCGUUCACCGUGCAGAGGGAAGCUGCACGUAAAGCACAGACCCUGUAUGCACCGUGGUUAUCUACCAGCACAUGUAAAUCAGUCCCUAUGGAAUAUCUUCUCCCUGAAUGUGUUGUAAAAACCUUUUUUUAAGAGUAGAGAUAUUUAUAAUUGUGUGUUUAGAAAGUGAUCAUUUAAUUAGAGUGAAAUGAAAGAAAUUCCAGCUCUAUAAUUUAAAUUGAACGUUUGUGUGUUUUCCUAUUUGUCUCAGACCUACGGAAGUCCUGAACGGCCGAGGUUCAAACAUUUGAUUUCCUUUGAUUUUUAUUUAAUCGGGAGUUAAUUUAAUUGUUCUCUCAACAUCACAAGUUAUUUAUGUGAUUAUUUGGAAAUAAACAAAAGUUGUUUUACCAAAAUAAUAAGGAUAAUUUACUACAGAUGUAGAGAUACCAGUAACUUUCUCGAGAAUAACUUUCUCUAGACAUUAACAUAACAAAUUCGCAAUUUUGGGAAUAAAAUUGAUUGAAUUUGUUAUCAUAGGAAAACAUGGUUUAGAAAAUGUUUGAAAGAGGGCCGUUUAGGGCUUCCAUACGGAACAGUGCUUCAGGUUGAAUAUUAAACUUGAAUAAGAUCACUGUAAAAAUGUCACAUGUAUGAUAAAGACUUAUAUUUAUUCACAAAUAAGGUGUGUUAUUGUUUUCAAUAUCAAAUCUGUGCCUGAGCAAACAGACAAAUACUGUAUAUUAUAUAUUCCUCCAGCACAAAACACUUUUUACUAACUACUUUGAAUUGUAUGUAUAUUUAAUAUAGAUUGAGAAAUAAAAGUAAAACAUUUGUAUAGCCAAUAACAUUGUGUAUAUGUGAAAUCAUUUGUCAAAAAAUGUAUCCACAGCUAAUUUGAUAAAUCAAUGAUCAUUGAUUAAUUCAUUUAUCAAUAAAAAAGCAAAACAUGGGCUACUUUUCUCUUGUUUAUAUUAUCUGUAUUAUAAGUGCUGAUAAAUAAAUGCUUUUUCAGCUAAA